UAUUUAACGGAAUAUUUACUUUCCAUCUUUGUUGUUUUUCUUUCUUUCCUUCCUUUCCUCCCACAGUGCUCCAUCCGACCCCCCCGCAUCCCCCGCGCACCCCCUCUCUCUCUUGUAAGUGUCGUGAACGCGCUCGGUAGGCUGCUAUUAAAUGGGCGGACUUGUAGGCGCGGUCACGUACAGCUGCUCCGGUGGUUUUGACUGUCACAUAAAAGUGCACGUCCCAGCGGCCGACCGGCGGAACUCUGUCUGUGCUUUCUGUGGGACCGGGUCGGACCAGACGGACACUGGGCACCGUAACCAGCGCCGGUGAUAUAUCCUACAGAGAGGAAAAAAAAAAUCAGGGAAACACAUGAGAUCAGCGGACAUCCACUGCUGACAUCAACGACUAUCCAAACACGUUUCCAAGAAAGCUAUCCUCGGUAGCCUCCACCUUACCGUGGCCUGCCUGGCGUGGGAUGCUGGAGAGUGGGAGAGCAAGAGAGGAGAUUUGAUGCCGCUUGGCAACAGUAAGAGGUGUGGCAUAGUCAAUCAUGGGGGAUUCAUUCUUCAACUGCUGUUAUGUCCCACCCCAUCCCCCAGGAGAGGAGGAACCCCACAGGUCCAGGCGCUCAGAUAUCAUGGCCUCCCAUUCAGCUCGCGUCUCCUCCGACAAGCGCUUCCUCAUCUUCUUUGACUUUGAUGAGACAAUCGUGGAUGAGACCAGCGACGACAUGGUGGUGCAGGCCGCCCCGGGUCAGCACCUCCCGGGCUGGCUGAAGGACACCUACCAACCCGGCCGCUACAACGAGUACAUGCAACGCGUCCUGGGCUACCUGGCGGAGCAAGGCGUCACCGAGAGCGACAUACGCACCAUAAUGGAGAAGAUACCGGCCACCCCCGGCAUGCUCACCCUCUUCCAGUUCCUCCGCACCCGCCCCCCGCAGGACUUUGAGGUGGUGCUGGUGUCUGACGCCAAUACCUUCUUCAUCGAGUCCUGGCUCCGACGCACCGGGACCCGCCAGCUCUUCCAUCGGGUCUUCACCAACCCGGCCACCUUCAACAAGGACGGGCGGCUGGUGCUGAGACCCUUCCACUCUCACGACUGCCCGCGAUGCCCCGAAAACAUGUGCAAGCAGGUGGUCGUCAGGGACUAUGUAGCCCGCAGGACUCAGGAGCGGGGCCGCCCCUAUCAGCGGGUGUUCUACGUGGGAGACGGAGCCAACGACUUCUGCCCGGCGCUUGCCCUCGGGCCCCGGGAUGUGGCCUUCCCGCGGCGGGACUUCCCCAUGCACCGGCUGAUCACGGAGACCCAUGAAGCCAUGCCCGGGGAGUUCAAGGCGGUCACGGUGCCGUGGGCGAGCGGGGAGGAUGUGGUGCAGCGGCUGAGGAAGCUGGUGGCAGAGUAAAGGGUCACACACAAACACAGAGAGAGAGAGGAGAGACGAUUAAGGGGCCAGUUGACACUUUUAGUCAUAUUCUCAGGUAAAAUAGUCCCAAGAACAAAGGUUUGAGGCAAUAAACUCAUUAGCAGUUUCUGUUAAAAAUAAAUAAAACUAAAUAAACAAAUAAACCGUGUCUGUCUGGCAUGUGCCUCAGAUUGGACCAGCUUAUCACGUUUUGGUCCAGAGGUACCUCCAGUAACAGAGACUCAGUUUAACAUCAGCAGGUUAAUGAUUGUGGGGACCUGCCACCGUCACCCACAGUGAAGGAAUCAACAACAAAUCCUAUGUUUUGUUAUUAACGGUAUUUUGAAGUAAAGGACAGAGCUUUAAAGUUUGAGGGCAUUUGCAUAAUAAAUAUCCGUCAGUGGGAUGACAUUUAAAAGCAUUAUUCGUGGUUCUUUGGGUUAAACAUGGGUUAAUAUGGAAAUCCAUGUUCGUGAUCACUUUAAUAGCAAUAUUUAAUAAAAAUGUAAUGGACAGUUUUUGUCAAGUAAGUGACCGGUUGGCCAUGAAUUACACAUAUAAGUGUGUUUUCUUUCAAACUGCACUUUUUGAAUAUGAAAUAUUAAAUUAUAGAGUCAAUAAAUGAAAUCACAGUAACACUGCCAUCUGAUGGCAACGGGCAUUUCAAGACCUCUACACGAUGACCAAACAAAAAGAGUUGAGGUAUUCUAUCAGCAUCUUUGUCAGAGAAUAUACAGUAUGUCUAAUUUACUAAAUGUGUGACUAUGUUUUAAGAGUGUGUCUGUUUGUUUAACUUGUUUAUCAGUCUGUUGUGUCUUUGCUGUGUAGGCCAGGCCUACUGAAAAAAAUAAAUAAACACCAGCAGGAAUAAAG